AUGAAGAAUUUAUUGAUUUUAUUUAUUUUAAUAUCGUUAAGUCAUAGUGAAUUUGUUUCAUUACCAGCUAUUGAUAUUGAAGAAGAAUUACCAAUUGGUACAAUGAUUAUUGAUUUUCGUAAACAAUUUAAUUUAUUUAAUUUAAAAUCUUAUCGUUGUUUAUUACAAACUGAAAAUAAUUAUUUUCAUAUACAAUCAAAUCAACAGUGUCAAUUGACAACACGUACAAGAAUUGAUCGUGAAACUCUAUGUACAUCAUCAUGUGAAUUGUGUAAUAUUACAUUAAAAAUUGAAAUUGUAUUAUCACAAAAUACAAGUGUUUUUUUAUUACCCAUACGUAUUUUAGAUAUUAACGAUAAUUUAGCCUAUUUUAAAUAUAAAGAAUAUAUCAUUAAUGUUACUGAACAUGUUCAAUUAGGAACAAAUAUUCCAUUAGAUAGUAUUAAAGCAAUUGAUCAUGAUUGUGAUCCUAUACACUAUGAAUUAUACUAUUUAAAUAAUUCAUUAAUUCGUGAUGAUGAUUAUUUUCCAUUUAAAUUACAACAAUUAAUAAAUCAUACAAAUCAAUUAAAUCUUAUUGUUCAACAAGAUAUUGAUCGUGAACAACAAAAUCAAUAUCGUCUAAAAUUACAAGCAAAUGAAAAUUUACAAAGUAAAACAUCAACAAUUAUUAUUAUUAAUAUUCUUGAUAUUAAUGAUAAUACAUGUCAAUUUGAAAAGACAACAUAUAGAAUUAAAAUAGCAGAAAAUCGUUUAUGGAAUAAUUUUUUACAAGUAAAAGCGACUGAUAGAGAUAUUGAUAUAAAUGGACAAAUACGUUAUUCAUUAGCAACACAAAAUUCAAAAAAAAAUUUUGAUUAUUUUAAAAUUGAUUCUCAAACAGGUUGGUUAAGUUUAACAAAAAUUUUAGAUUAUGAAACACAAAAUUUAUGGAAAUUAGUAAUACAAGCACAAGAUAAUGGACCCAAUUCGAUACCCGUUUUUGCUUAUGUUAUUAUCGAUGUUGAAGAUUUGAAUGAUAAUGCGCCAAUAUUAAAUUGGAAUAUACCCACAACUGUUCAAAUAUUAAAUGAUAAAAUAUCAUUAGAUGAACUUAUUGAUAAUUUAACUACAACUAUUGUUACAAAUGAAACAUCAACAAAUAAUAUUUUAAUAAUUAGUGUACCAGAAAAUAAACCAGUUGGAUUUGUUAUAGCUAAUUUAGUGGCAUCCGAUCUUGAUACAUCACCAUUAGAAUCAUCUGUUGAUGCUAAUGGAAUGCCGAUACCUCCAUUUCGAGUUACACUCAAAUUAGAGUCAAAGAAAUCUUCAUCAUCAACAAAUCAUUUUCAAAUAUUAGGUCCAUUUGAUUCAACAUUUGUUCUAGUCACAGCUCAUGUUCUUGAUCGUGAAAUACAAUCUAUAUAUGAUUUAGUGGUGACGAUAACAGAUAAUGGUGAACCACAAUUAUCCACAACAUAUAAAUUACAUAUUCGAGUUGAAGAUGAUAACGAUAAUUCACCAAUAUUUGAUUCUAAUACAUAUUUUGUUGAUAUUAAAGAAAAUAAUGAGAUUAAUGCAACAUUAAUACAAGUACAUGCAACAGAUUUAGAUAUAAAACACAAUGGACAAAUUAUAUAUACCAUUGUUUCAACAACAUCUCAAACGUCAACUACACUUGGUCCUAGUCAUUUUGUAUGGAUUGAUUCGUAUACGGGCAUCAUACGAGCUAGUAUUCAAUUUGAUUAUGAAAUAUUAAAAAAUUUUUCGAUUAAAGUUGUUGCCAGUGAUAAUGGUCAAUCAAAAUCUCAUCAGGCUAGCACAAUUGUGAAUGUAGCAGUCAUUGAUGAAAAUGACAAUAUACCACAGUUUACAACUUCUACUUAUACAUUUUCAAUUUAUGAAAAUAAUUCACCUAAUACGUAUAUUGGUCAAGUAAAAGCUGUUGAUCUAGAUAAUGGUUUAAAUGGUGAAGUACAAUAUCGUUUAGAUUCAAUUCCAUCUAAUUUAUUUUUAAUAACUAAAGAUGGUAAAUUAUAUGUCAACGAAAUGAUUGAUCGUGAAAAAUUUGAUGAAUAUAAUUUUAAUGUUAUUGCAUCUGAUCGUGGUCAACCAAUAUCAUUGUCAUCUAAAGCAAAAAUACAUUUAAAAAUUUAUGAUGUUAAUGAUGAAUGUCCAAAAUUUUUGUUUCCAAAUAAUAAUAAUGAUACGUUAAUUAUUGAUCGUACGUAUUGGCAUAUAAAUGAUUUUAUUUGUGAUAUAUUGGUAAUAGAUGGUGAUCAAGCACAUCAUUCAAAUUAUGAAUUAAAUUUGAUAACAGAUCUAAAUCAACUUGUUAAUUAUGAAUAUUUAAAAGAUAAAUUAAAAUUUUCUAAAUUUGAUUCGGACAAAUUUUAUCUUGAUGGUUCACGUUUAUAUUUUAAUGUAACAGAUGAGGUGAGAAAUGGUACUAAAAGAAUAUUAAAACGUAGUUAUUAUCAAGAUUUAAAAGAAGGUGUCUACUAUUUGGCAUUUAAAGUGAUUGAUAAAGGACGUAAUGAUUUUUUUGAUGAAAAAUUAUUAAAAUUAAUUGUUAUAAAUAAUUAUCAAGAUAUACAAAUGGUUGUAAAAAAAUAUGAUUAUUUGGGUAGUCAUUUAAAUAAUCCACAAGUACGUGAAGCAUAUGAAAAAAUGUUAAAUGAUAAUAUUAAAAAAAAGAUAUCAAAUGAUGAACAAAAUCAUUUAUUAUUAAAUAGUUUACCAAAUAAAUUUAUUACAAUUAUUGUUAUCGUUGUUCUAAGUAUUAUAUUAAUUGGUAUGACAUUCAUAUUUAUAUCGUUAUUAAGAAGAAAUCGUUUAAGACGAAAAAAACAUGAUAAAAUGUUGACAACAAGUAGUGAUGGUGAUCAACAACAGACAACAUCAUCGUUGACAGGAUCAGCAACAUCAUCUUACGGUAAUAUUCUUCCAUCAUCAUCAUUACAGUCAGAACAUUCAUUAUUAUCGGCAAUGUUUAAACAAAAUCGUAGUUCAUCGGAUAAACGUCAAAGUUUAAGAGUUAGUAAUUGUUAUGAUUUUGGAGAUACAAUGACGGCCACAACAGGCACUACAUCUAAUUCACCGACAUCGUUACUAUUACGAAAUAAAGAAACAAUACCAAUGAUAACAUCGACAAAUAAUAACUAUGAUGCUUGUUGUCUAUUAGAAAAAUUAAAUGAACAAGAAAAUGAUCAAUCAGAUGAACAACGACAAAAAAUAUAUGCAUCGUGGCUGCUAAAUUCCACUGGAUCAAUGACUAAAUCAGCCUCUGUAUUUCCACAUGAUGUCAAUACAUUUCAUUCUUUAACACGAAUACCAGCUCCUACUACGACAACAUCUACUAAUAUACCAUUUAAUAGUAAUUCAAAUUUAUAA